UCUGCUUUGGUACACACACACACACAUCAAGCUGCUUCUUUUACCUCUCUUCUCGCUUCACUCACCAUCCUCAGGUUAGGCAAAACCAAUAACUGGUGUGAGAAUGAGGAAGAAGGUAGACGAACGUAUAAGGACUCUGAUUGAAAACGGUGUUAAACUUAGACACCGUUCCAUGUUUGUCAUUAUUGGUGAUAAGGCUCGUGACCAGAUAGUUAAUCUUCAUCACAUUUUGUCAAAAUCGGUGGUCAAGUCUAACCCAAGUGUGCUAUGGUGCUACAAGAAUAGACUCGACAUUAGCAGUCACAAUAAAAAACGUGCUAAGCAGUUGAAGAAGAUGAAGGAGAGAGGACAAUUAGAUCCUGAAAAACUCGACGCUUUCUCUCUUUUUCUUGAUGUGGUGGAUGUUACUCAUUGCUUGUACAAAGAUUCUGAAAGAAUUCUUGGGAAUACUUUUGGCAUCUGCAUCUUACAGGAUUUUGAAGCUCUAACUCCAAAUCUACUAGCAAGAACAAUAGAGACAGUCGAAGGGGGUGGGCUAGUUGUAUUAUUAUUACAAUCGCUUGCUUCACUUACUAGUCUCUGCACCAUGGUUAUGGAUGUGCAUGAUAGAUUUCGAACCGAGUCACACUCUGAAGCUUCCGGACGUUUCAAUGAACGAUUUCUGUUGUCACUAGCAUCUUGCAAAGCAUGCGUUGUCAUGGAUGAUGAGUUGAAUUUAUUGCCACUUUCAUCUCAUAUCAAAUCUAUCACAAAAGUUCCAACAAAGGAGGAUUCGGAAGCGCUUUCUGAGGCAGAACGAGACCUGAAGAGUUUGAAAGAUGCACUAAACGAUGAUUUUCCUGUUGGUCCUUUAAUUAAUAAGUGUUGUACAUUGGAUCAGGGUAAAGCUGUUGUCACAUUUUUCGAUGCAAUAUUGGAUAAGACCCUCCGUAGCAUAGUUGCUCUGAUUGCUAGUCGUGGGCGUGGAAAAUCUGCUGCACUUGGUCUAGCUGUUGCUGGGGCUGUUGCUGCUGGGUACUCUAAUAUUUACGUAACAGCACCGAGCCCAGAUAACUUGAAAACAGUCUUCGAGUUUGUUUGCAAAGGUUUCGAUGCACUUGAAUAUAAGGAACAUCUUGAAUAUGAUGUCGUGAGAAGUGUGAAUCCUGAAUUUAAUAAAGCCAUCGUACGGAUCAAUAUCUUCAAGCAGCACAGGCAAACUAUCCAGUAUAUACAACCGCAUGAACAUGAAAAGCUCUCACAAGUGGAGCUGUUGGUUAUUGAUGAAGCGGCAGCUAUUCCUUUGCCAGUUGUGAAGUCUCUACUUGGCCCUUACCUAGUUUUCUUAUCAUCUACUGUCAGUGGCUAUGAAGGUACUGGUAGAUCUUUGUCCCUGAAACUCCUCCAACAGUUAGAAGAGCAAAGCCGAGCCCCUGUCACUGGUGUUGAAGGCUCUCUUUCUGGUUGCCUUUUCAAGAAAAUAGAACUUAGUGAGUCUAUAAGAUACGCUUCUGGAGAUCCAAUUGAAUCCUGGCUUAAUGGAUUACUAUGCCUUGAUGUUGCUAAUUGUCUUCCAAAUCCUGCUUGCCAUCCUCUGCCAAGUCAGUGUGAUCUUUAUUAUGUCAACCGAGACACCUUAUUUUCUUAUCACAAGGACAGUGAGUUGUUUUUACAGCGAAUGAUGGCACUUUGUGUCUCUUCUCACUACAAGAAUUCUCCUAAUGAUCUUCAACUUUUGUCGGAUGCUCCUGCUCAUCAUUUGUUUGUGUUGCUCGGUCCUGUUGAUGAGUCCAAAAACCAGCUUCCUGACAUACUGUGUGUUAUUCAGGUCUGUCUCGAAGGACAGAUAUCUCGGAAAUCAGCUGAAAAAAGUUUAAGAGAAGGUCAUUCACCACAUGGAGAUCAAAUACCAUGGAAGUUCUGUGAACAGUUCCGGGACGUGGUCUUUCCAAAGCUUUCUGGUGCUCGUAUAGUACGCAUAGCAGUCCACCCCAACGCUAUGAAGAUGGGAUAUGGGUCUGCUGCGGUUGAACUCUUGACCAGAUACUUUGAGGGUCAGCUAGCUUCAAUAUCAGAAGGUGAUGAUGAACUGGAAGUGGAGCCUUCACCAGUCAGAGUUACCGAGGCUGCUGCAAAGGUUUCUUUGCUUGAGGAACAGAUAAAGCCUCGUGCCAAUCUUCCACCUUUGCUGGUUCCUCUUCGUGAUCGACGACCUGAGAGACUCCACUACAUCGGUGUCUCUUUUGGGCUUACUUUGGACCUCUUCCGUUUCUGGAGAAAACAUAAAUUUGCUCCAUUCUACAUCAGUCAAAUACCAAGUGCUGUGACUGGUGAGCACACAUGUAUGCUUCUGAAACCAUUAACCUUAAGCAACGAUGAAUUCGAAGUUGAUGAGUCGGAUGAACUGGGCUUCUUUGCUCCCUUCUAUAAAGAUUUCAGGAUAAGGUUCUCUAAACUGUUGAGUGAUAAAUUCAAGAAGAUGGAUUAUAAACUUGCAAUGAGUGUUUUGAACCCUAAGAUCAACUUCCCAGAGGUUGAUUUGACUGGAAAUUCACCAGAUGGAUUUUUGAAGAAACUCGACGGAGUUCUUUCACCUUAUGAUAUGGAGAGAUUCAGAGCAUACACUGCCAAUCUCGUUGACUUCAAUCUGGUUUAUGACAUCUGCAAAACUCUAGCUCAUCAUUAUUUUCAAGAGAAGCUCCCAGUCUCGCUGUCGUAUGUUCAAGCUUCUGUACUCCUGUGUUUGGGCUUGCAGGAGUCAGAUUUCUCGAGCAUCGAGAGACAAAUGCAGUUGGAGAGGGGCCAAAUAUACUCUCUUCUAUUGAAGGUUGGAAAGAAGUUAUACAAAUAUUUGAAUGGAAUCGCAACAAAAGAGCUCGAAUCCACCUUACCUCGGUUGAAAGAUAGAGUGCUUGAACCUCACAAAGUAUCAGUAGACGAAGAUCUCAGGGAGGGAGCAAAAGAAGUUGAGGAACAAAUGAGGGCAAGGAUAGAAGAAUUGUUGGACCCUGAGCUACUUGACCAAUUUGCUAUUGGGGACAAAGAAGCUGAGGCUUUGCAAAAGUCGAAGAUCUCUUCAAGUGGUCUUAUCAGUAUAGAGUCCACCAAAACUGAUAACAAGAAAGAGAAGCCAAGUGGUUUUGAUAAAUCAGCCAAAAAGAGAGGCAAUGAUAAGCAUUCCUCCACAUCCAACAAAAAGAGAAGAGCCUGAGAUGGAGGUUGAUGUCAACAAUUGUUUUUUUGUAACAGUGACCAGAAAAUUUUGAUCUUUGGUCUUUUUACGAAUUUUUGUAACCAGGUUGAAUAAUUUAUUAAAAUUAUGGUUUGAUCAUACAAUUUUUUUAAAAAAACUUACAGAUUCUGUUUGAGCAUUCUACAACCAUAAUACAAAGUUUUCUAUUAACUAUAACUAUAUUGUUUAUCUACUGCAAUGUGUGAAACUGGUUCACAUCUCGGCAGCAAAAGACUUCCCACAUCCACAGGUUUGUGUAGCGUUAGGGUUCGAGAAAGAGAAGCCUCCACCAAUCAAAGCAUCGCUGUAAUCAAGCUGCAUUCCAAAAAGAAAGAGCAUGCUCUUUGGAUCACAAACUGCAAAAGAAGUGAGUACAAAUUAAAAACCUGAGCCUUCAAUUCACAGAUGUAAAAAUACUUUACUGCAGAAGACAACAAGAGACUGCAAAAGACAACAAGAGACUAGAAGUCUCAGUUCAAGAAUCGGCAGCUAAGUAGUAUAUAAUUCAAGCUGCACAUCAAAAAGAAUCAACUGACCAUCUACUUGACAAUAAAACUUUAGCCUAUUUGAUCGAACAAUCUCAGCCUUUUUUUUAUUUGGAUGCAUACUUGAACACAGAAACUGACAUUCAUAUUGUAAGUAUGGCAAGUCUACAUCAUCAAGAAACUAGCUGA